AUGUCUGCGAGAUAUGGCUUGAGUCUUUGUCCAUUAACAGUGAAAUCACCUCCAGAAUGGUUCCAAAUUACAACAGCGCCAUAUGGUUUCACUUCUUUUAUCUUAAAAGGUCCGGACCAUCGCGAUCUAAGCUUACCGGGAAAGAGGUUUGAUGCGGGAUCAGUGGGCUUCUUGUUCGCGGAGAUUGGGUCGACCGUGCAUGGGAUUUGGUCGGCCGUCGGGGUCGGCCGUGAUGUGAUGUUCUCGGUCGAUCGUGGUCCAUUGCCUCCCGGCUCGGACGGUGCGGUCGUGCGGUCGGAUCGGUCCUGGAGAAGGCCGAGCGAAGCCAAUUCCCUUCCUGUCCGGCCGAGUGCGUUCGGCCGGCUGUUAACCAGUCUUCAGUACAAACGUGAUAUCUCCUAA